ACGAAAGCGCUUCUGCGCCUGCGCACUGGCUGGGGGGCGGAAGUGAGCAGCUAGUGGUGUAACAUCCUGAGGGAGCUGGGGAGAGAGCGAGCGGGGCUGAGCUCUGCUCCGCUCAGCUUUCGCCUGCCUGCGUGUGGAUCUCCCCACUCGUUAGCUCUCUCGCCCCCGCGUGGGCUGCUUCGACUGGGGCUACUUGGUGUGUCCUUCCGCGCCACCCAGUCUGUCAACCCCCGUCGUCCCUUCUGUCUCUCUCCAGCCCUGCCUGUCUGCCCGUCUUCCUCCCUCUUCCCUUCUUCUUUGCUUUCCAAAAGACUAGCCUGCCGCUCUCUUCGGUCAGCCUCUCUUUUUUCUCAGGGACUACUUUGCUUCUGACCUCAUUGAGGACUAGUUUCUUGAGCCUUCAGAACUGUCACUGAGGCCACUGUGGGCUCAGCCUGCCUAGCUCUAUAUCCACCCCCCACCCCCACACAGGGGGCUUCUCCCUCUGUGAAUUGGAGGGUGAGAGUGGCUACCCAGUUUUUCCUCUUUGAGUGUGUGUUUGUUUCUGUCUCUCACCAUCUCUGUGUGAAUUAGACACUUUUCUCAUCUGUCUGUUCAUCCUGUGUGACUCCUGGGGAGGUGCUUCAUCUGUUCCUUGUUUAUUUUGGGAGGGGCAACUUUGUGUGUCUUUGCUGGCUUGGCUGUCCUUUGAGAGCUUGUCUGCCUUUUCUCAGGGCUUUGUGGGGUCUCUCAUUCGGUGUAUAAUCCACUCUCGGGCACCGUUUUGACCCUUUCCUGCUUAUUGGCACCUAUUCAGUCUUCUCUGUCUGUCAGUCUGUCUCUUCUCUCAAGAGCUGGUCUCGACUCCCCAAGUAGUCCUUGCUGUAGACCCUAUAGACCUUGAUCCAGAUCUGCCUGCUUGGGGCUCCCUUCAGUCUCUCUUCCUGCGUGAGCCGCUUUCGGCAUCCAAGAGGACACACCAUGUCUGUGGCGGGGCUCAAGAAACAGUUCUACAAAGCCAGCCAGCUGGUCAGUGAGAAGGUUGGAGGUGCCGAGGGGACCAAGCUCGAUGAGGACUUCAAGGAAAUGGAAAAGAAAGUGGAUCUCACCAGCAAGGCUGUUACAGAGGUGUUGGCCCGAACGACAGAGUACCUCCAGCCUAAUCCAGCAUCCCGGGCCAAGCUGACAAUGCUAAACACAGUGUCCAAAAUCCGAGGGCAAGUGAAGAACCCGGGCUACCCGCAAUCCGAAGGGCUGCUUGGCGAAUCGAUGAUCCGAUACGGCAAAGAGUUGGGUGAUGAAUCAAACUUUGGUGACGCGCUGCUCGAUGCGGGCGAAUCCAUGAAGCGCCUGGCUGAAGUGAAGGACUCCCUGGAUAUCGAAGUCAAGCAGAACUUCAUCGACCCGCUCCAGAACUUGUGCGACAAGGACUUGAAAGAGAUCCAACACCACUUGAAGAAACUGGAGGGCCGACGCUUAGACUUUGACUACAAGAAGAAGCGCCAGGGGAAAAUCCCCGACGAGGAGCUCCGGCAAGCCCUGGAGAAAUUUGAGGAGUCCAAGGAAGUCGCCGAGACGAGCAUGCACAACCUCCUAGAGACGGAUAUCGAGCAAGUGAGCCAGCUUUCGGCCUUGGUGGAUGCCCAGCUCGAUUAUCACAGGCAAGCAGUGCAGAUCCUGGACGAGCUAGCCGAUAAACUCAAGCGCAGAGUGAGGGAGGCGUCCUCACGCCCCAAACGAGAAUAUAAACCAAAGCCCCGGGAAUCCUACGAAUUUGGGGAGAGCGACCAGUCCAACGGUGGCUUUGCCUGCAACCCUGCCCCCAGAGUCUCGGCAGCUUCCUCCUCUUUCCGAUCCGAAAAACCGUCCCGGACCCCCAGCCGGAAUUUUUCAGCUCACCUGGACCAGCCCUGCUGCAAGGCGUUGUACGACUUCGAGCCCGAGAACGACGGGGAGCUGGGCUUCAAAGAGGGCGACAUCAUCACGCUGACCAAUCAGAUCGACGAGAACUGGUACGAGGGCAUGAUCAACGGCCAGUCGGGCUUCUUCCCGCUCAACUACGUGGAAGUGCUGGUCCCGCUACCUCAGUGAAACGGCCUCCCCCGCCUCCCCUCCUCCUCCCCCCCUCCCCCCCCACCCCCUGUACCCACUUGCACACCGAGAGAAGAGCACACCCACACUUGAGGGGGCCGUGCCCGCCUGGACGAUUACUCUCCUCUUCUUACAUUCCGUGUGGUGACCCGACACUAAUUUCCCGUCCAGCACGGGGGGACGAUUCGAGAGUGCCAGCGUAUCGGCACACGCAGCCAUGGCAGAAGGGAACAAGCUGGGGGCGGGGGCGAGGGGCAAGCACAAGAGAGGCUCAGACUGACCACCAACCCCACCCCACCCCCCCAAAAGAAAUUUCUGAAGCAGGAAUUUUCAAGGCGCAUGGAGUUGUCCCGGUUUGUUGCGUGCUGCGCGUCAUGUGUUGUGGUGCUUGGCUUGUUUGGUUUCUGUGUUUUUUCCUUGCGAGGGGUGCUGGCCGCACCGGGAAUUGUGGGGCUCGCAGCUGUGGGUGUCGGAUAUGUUUUCCCUCUGCCUGGUGGGGGGCGGUGGGGACGUGGCAACCUGGGGAGCAGCUGUCUGCGGCUGGGUGUGUGCCGGCGGUGCAGAGACGCCCAACGAGAACACCCAUGCCGCAUGCACGGCAGGCCUUCUCUCAGGUCUGGCUUGCACAAAACACUACCAGAGACUUUUCCUCUCUCCACAGUUGUCACAGGGAGCGCACGUCUUUUUUCGAUCCCUCAGACGACAGCCUUCUUGGCCGUCUCUUCUUCCCCGCUCUACUUCUUCUUCCAGGUUCUUGUAAGGCAGGGUUUCUUAACCUUGGGUCCCCAGAUGUUCUUCGACUACAGCUCCCCAUCCACAAAGGCCAUGGCUGAGGGGAGUUGUAGCCCAACAUCUGAGGCCCCCCAGUUAAGAAAUGACUCUGCUCUAAGGACUUGGCUUGGAGGGAAACUGGACGUGUUUCCCUACACCGACGUUAGUCUGACGAUGUGGAUUUUAAGACACACCCGCCCAUGGUUUCAGGUGGAAACCUCGAGGUGCCCUCUAGUCGCUGGACCACACUUGGUCCUCCAGGCCUUAACAGCCCCUCUGCCUUGAGCCAUAUUGCCUCAGCAGCCAUCUCUCUACUCGUUGAGCAGCUGCGGGUGCUUGAGCCACAGCCGCCAUGUUUUCUUAACCCCCUGUGUGGACGCCUGCAAUGUGGUGGCCGAGACAGCCAUUGCAGGAUAGGGGCACCAACCUGGUGGCAACACGGUCAAGGGGCUCUGCUUUGAGCGCUGCCCGGUCGACGCCCAUCCUGAACUUUUUCCCGCCCUACACUUUGUGUUCAGUUGGCUUCCUUGCCCAAAAGGAGACCCCCCCCGCCCUUCCUCUUAUUCGUCCCGUCUCUACGUACGUGCCUUGUUGUCUCAGCUUCCUUUUGAACGCUGGGGGUCCUGUCCAUUCGCAGCGAGAGAAGCUUCUCGUACCGUUUUCUCCACCCCUUCAGGUCUUGCUUCAGUCCCGUCUCCCGUCGGUGCCUCCCUUCUGGUUCGCUGCCUUUCAGGCUGCUGUUCCGUUAUGUUCACAAGAACGUCUUGACACUACAAAUGGCUUGCCUGGCUUGCCUUCCACUGUGAAACCUUGGGAGUUGUAGUUCUUUAUGAGUUCUGCUGCAGAAAUACUAGAUUUGAAACCGGGACAGGCUAACUGGUGAAUAUUUCUAGAGGCAUGUCCCCGGGAACACGAAGGCAGGCACCUCUUAGAUGUAUUUAGAAAUUGGAGAGGGAAUGUAUGAAUUCCAGUCUCUUUCCUAGCAAAGGUGAGCCCCUGGGCCUUGACUGCAGAAACCUCUGGGAAAUCUAUGAUCCCUGCAAAGCAAAAUGCACCAACUUUCAGGGCCAAUGCCCACAUUUUAAAGCCACAAUUUAAAAACCAGGUAUAAGGGCCAAUGCCCACGUUUUGCCAAGGUGACGAGAUUCUCACCUGGCCUCUGGGAAUUUGUUUGGUUUUCAUCCUGCAAGAAAACCAAGGCAGUAGAUGGCUGGAGAUUGCCGCUUCAUGAUUUUUGAAAUGUAGAGUUAAAACCAGCGGAGUUUGCCCAGACGCAUACAAGUCCAGCUUUUGGAAGUGCACGGAUAUUUAACUGCUGUACCUACACCGUUAAAAUAUCCGUACAUUUUCUGUCUGCUUCUAGUUGGGGGAAGCAGACCUUCCACACUCACCCCGAAAGUGACACAUUGAUUCGAUGUGUUCUCCCCUACCCCCAAGCCCCACACAUACACACCCCAAAUGUGGAACGUACCCAGCACCUUAGGCUAAGCACAGUAGCCAUGUGGCUUUGGUGGGGAAAGUGGGCAGGGAAUAACAGCAAUGCACUCAAUGCUUGUCUCUGCUCCCCGGGAAUCCUCCUCCCUUCAGGUUCAGCCUGAAGCCGGAAUUGCUGUUUCCCCCUUCGAUGCAGCUGCUAGUUGGGGGGGCAGGUAUGGGGAGAGAUGAUCUGCAGAGGCUUUAGAUGUAUUUCCCUUCUCUCACUGCAGGCAGUGGGAUUAAGCACAGCCACAAUUGAUUCGCUUGGGUGGGUGGGGUGUCUGUGAUGAUUCAUUCCACCCCACCCGCUUGCUCAAAAGCAGUGCUUUUGUAUGGCUGGAUGGGUGGUGGUGGUCCCUAGCUUUCUACUGCUACACCCACAAGUUUAGAAACCUAAUUGGGGACGGGUGGUGAGAGGCAGGAUGGGGCCCUUCCCUCCCUGCCCACACGAGCCAUAACUCUUUUCUUCUUAGCGACCCCUCCCCAAAAACCGAUUGCUCCAGUCCCGAAGCAAUAUCUUUGUAGCGUCUUUGUAAUUUAAUUUCUCCUUGCUGCUCAGCGCCUGCGAUUUCAUCUGUAACCGUCUCAUAAGCGUCGCUUCUAUUUUACUCUUCUCACUGUCCAUGCUCCGCAACUUAUUUAAACAUCGUUUGUAACUCCCCCUUCCCCGCCUUUUUAAAAAACCAAACGUGUUCGCCUAAAUCUGUAUUGUGUCCCUAUCGCAGGGGCUCUCCAGCUUGGGUCCCCGGAUGAUGUUGGACUACAACUCCCAAGGGCCAAAAGGAGUUGUCGUCCAACAACAACUGGGGACCCAAGUUGCAGAAACCCUGCCCGAAUGUGAUUUGCAAAGCAUUAGCCAGCUGCAAAGAGUUUAGUGGUCAUGUGUACCCUCCCCUUUCAAGUUGUUUCCCCCACCUCCCAAAUUCCCCAAAACUUACAUUUGAUUUGCAGGCCUGAUCCUGUUCUUUAGGGGGUGGGGGGGAAUGCAGCAGCAGCUGUUUGCUAUUACAAAGUAAUUCCCCCCCACCCCACCCCAGUCUUCUGUUCUCUCUCCCAUUACAUACCUAUAGGGACCAUAAAAAUAAGCACUCUUUUUUUGGGGGGGAGGGGGAGGCCUUUGUAAAUAUAUUCUGUUUCUCGUUGAUCCAUAGCAGCGUCAGCCAGGGUGUAACUUCUGGUGCCUGGUCCCGUGGAAUGAACAAGUCUGACUUUUCUUAGGCUGAACAAUUUAUUGAAAAAGUGUCUCUUUCCUCCCUUUUUGUUAUGGGUUCCCCCCCCCUUCCCCCUGUUUUGGAAUAAAAUAAAAACCUUGUAUCCUUGAAAUAAAAAGUAUUAAAUGUU